AAGAGGAACGGGGGGCUCUCUCUCCAGCCUCGCGGCCCCCUAGAGGGCUGUCCAGUUCGUGCGCUCCGAGUCACCUGACUCGGAAGAAGCCACAAACCUGCGCGGCCCCCGUGAGCAGCAGCGAGCAAGACGAGCUCGCCGACAAGCCAAAGAGGCAGCGAGAAGAGGCAGCAGUCCUAGAAUUAGCCGAAGAUGUCGGGUCAGACGCUGACAGAUCGCAUCGCAGCUGCUCAGUACAGCGUUACAGGAUCAGCUGUAGCCAGAGCCGUCUGCAAAGCAACCACACAUGAAGUGAUGGGGCCCAAGAAGAAACACUUGGACUAUCUGAUCCAGGCUACAAAUGAAACAAAUGUCAACAUUCCUCAAAUGGCUGAUACACUUUUUGAAAGAGCAACAAACAGUAGUUGGGUAGUUGUGUUCAAAGCCUUAGUUACAACACAUCAUCUAAUGGUUCAUGGCAAUGAGAGGUUUAUUCAGUAUUUGGCAUCUAGAAACACACUAUUCAAUCUCAGCAAUUUUUUGGAUAAAAGUGGAUCACAUGGAUAUGACAUGUCCACCUUUAUCAGGCGCUACAGUAGAUACUUGAAUGAAAAAGCAUUUUCCUACAGACAAAUGGCAUUUGAUUUUGCAAGAGUGAAGAAAGGGGCUGAUGGUGUGAUGAGGACCAUGGUGCCAGAAAAAUUACUGAAGAGCAUGCCUAUAUUACAGGGACAAAUAGAUGCUCUUCUUGAAUUUGAUGUUCAUCCAAAUGAAUUGACAAAUGGGGUUAUAAAUGCUGCAUUUAUGCUUCUAUUCAAAGAUCUCAUCAAGCUGUUUGCUUGUUACAAUGAUGGGGUUAUUAACUUAUUAGAGAAGUUUUUUGAAAUGAAGAAGGGACAAUGCAAAGAUGCCCUUGAAAUCUACAAAAGGUUUCUGACGAGAAUGACAAGAGUAUCAGAAUUCCUGAAAGUAGCAGAGCAAGUUGGAAUCGACAAAGGAGACAUUCCGGAUCUCACACAAGCUCCAAGUAGUCUUAUGGAGACACUUGAACAGCAUUUGAAUAGUUUGGAAGGAAAGAAACCUGGAAACAGUGAGGGCUCUGGUGCCCCUUCACCUCUGAGCAAGUCUUCUCCAGCGACAACUGUUACAUCUCCUAAUUCUACCCCGGCAAAAACUGUUGAUACUUCUCCUCCACUUGAUCUCUUUGCAACAUCUUCUACAGCAGCUCCAGUCAGUGCUUCCAAACCCUCCAGUGAUCUACUGGAUCUCCAGCCAGACUUCACAUCUACUACAGCACAAGCAGCUUCAGCGGCACCUGGUGGGGCAACGUCCUGGGGAGACCUCUUGGGAGAGGACAGUUUGGCUGCGCUUUCCGGUGUUACCUCUGAGCCACAGAUUUCAGAUCCAUUCGCAACAGAGGCCACCCCAGCUUCUACUGCUACAUCUACUGAAAUAACUGCAUCUACUACAAAUACAGCUACUGCUACUGCUACUACUGCUGCUGCAGAAGUGGAUCUCUUUGGAGAUGCCUUUGCAGCUUCUCCUGGUGAAGCCCCUGCAGCACCUGAAGGGGCGGCAGCACCAGCUACCCCAACCCCUGUAGCAGCAGCUCUUGAUGCAUGUUCAGGAAAUGACCCCUUUGCCCCAUCUGAAGGCAGUGCAGAGGCUGCUCAAGAGCUCGACCUCUUUGCUAUGAAGCCAACUGAGACCAGCGUUCCUGUAGUUACCCCUACAACUAGUGCAGCUGCUCCAGUUCCCGCAAGUACUCCUGCUCCAGCUGUUGCCGUGGCCCCUCCAGCCCCUGCUACAACUGCUACUACUACUACCACUACCACUACUGCUACCACGUCUGCUACUACUACCACUACUACCACCUCUGCUCCUCCUCCUGCUCUAGAUAUCUUUGGUGAUCUGUUUGAGUCUCCACCUCCUGAUGCCCCUGCAGCACCUAAGACAGAUGCUACUUCUAGCAUAGACCUGUUCAGUACAGAAGCUUUUUCUUCUCCACCAACUGGAGCUUCUCCUGUGCCUGAGAGUUCUCUCACCGGCGAUCUCUUAUCUGUGGAUGCAUUUGCAGCACCAUCGCCCCUGCCCACUGCGUCCCCAGCCAAAAUGGACUCUUCAGGUGUGAUAGACCUGUUUGGUGAUGCUUUUGGAAGUAGCGCUCCUGAACCCCAAACUGCAACCCAAGCUGCUUCUAGCUCCUCCGCUGCUGCUGACUUGUUGGCUGGCUUUGGAGGUUCUUUCAUUGCUCCAUCGCCAUCACCUUCCCCUGUUACACCAGCUCAGGCUAAUAUACUACAGCCUAAUUUUGAAGCAGCAUUUGGAGCAUCGCCUUCUCCUUCCCCUGCCAGUACUUCCUUCGAUCCCUCAGUGUUUGAUGGCUUAGGUGACCUUCUUAUGCCAACUAUGAUGCCAUCAGGUCAACCUCUACCUGCUGCAGGCACAGCUGCUCCUCCUGCUUCAGCUGCAACCAAAGGCAUUGGAAGUGAUCUUGAUUCCUCUCUUGCAAACUUAGUAGGAAAUCUUGGAAUUUCUGCUACUGCAUCAAAGAAGGGAGAUCUACAGUGGAAUGCAGGAGAAAAGAAGUUAACAGGAGGAGCUAACUGGCAACCCAAAGUAGCACCUGCCACGUGGUCAACUGGAGUUCCUCCAAGUGGCCCAUUGACAGGAACUGUGCCUCCUGCAGGCGCUCCUCCCUCAGGUGCUCCUCCUGCACAGCCUGGGCCAGGAUUUGGAAUGCAGCCUCCUGGACCAGGUGUUCCCAUGAUGCCACAACAGCCAGGUCUGUAUGGACAGCCCAUGAUGAGGCCACCAUUUGGAGCAGCUGCAGGACCUGGUACCCAGCUCUCUCCAAGUCCCUCGCCUGUUACUCAGAGUCCCAAGAAACCUCCAACAAAGGACCCAUUAGCAGAUCUUAACAUCAAAGAUUUCUUAUGAACUAUUCAAGUUUUCUGACAGGAUGACAGAAGAUGCAAGUUUGAAAUCAACAAACAAGAAUUUUGUUGCUCAGAGUCUCCAAGUGAGCCACCACUACCAAAUCCAGUGCUUACUCAGACUUCUCUCCUACUUCCAAAACGUGUAGCACAGCCGUGAAAGUGAACACUAGGAAUGUGUACUAUAUUAGUUGUUAUCCCUUCUCUCUCUUUCUCUCUCUCUCUCUCUCUUUCUCGGUUUGUGUACUUGGGUUAUAAUUUGUGUGUUUUACAACUUAAACAAUGGAUGUAUGUUUCUGAUGCCUUCUUAGUGCUUUUCUGAACCUAUUCGGUAGGGACAGAUUAUGCAGCUGUUGUGUGGUGAGCCAUUUGGAGCGAUGUGUCUGUGUUUCUGAAAGUCUCAAUGUAAAUACCUUGGGCAAACCCUCUGAAUUUUCCCCUUUGAGGUCCAGUUUCUCUUGUACAUCUGUUAUCCAAAACAGUAGCGUGAUAAUGAUACCGGGUAGCAAGAAAAGCACUCUCAAUCCUACAGACUCUUUAUUGUGUGGAAUACAUCUUUCCCCAAAUGCAGGAUUCUCAGUUUGUUGUGGGAUAUGUUUUAUUUUUGUGGCAUUGUACAUGUUAAGUUUAUAAUUUAAAGUAAUAUAAAGGAAAACACACAUUUAACCCAUCUACUAUUAAGUGACUUUGUGAAAAAUUAAGAGGAAUUACCUUGUUAUAGCUGUUUUAAAAUACUUAAGGGUCUCCUGUUGUUGUUUUUUAAAAAAACAGCUUAUUUAUCAGCUCCACUUUUAAAUGCACUGAACAUAAGUAAAGGGUAAGUUUCUUGCCAUGAAGUUGAGGGAAGCUCAAUCACAGUGAGGCAACCGUCUCAAAACUUAUCAGAUUGAUUAGACUGGUCAGUGUAUCUACUGAUAAAUUGUGAAAAAAACUGAUUUAUAAAUAUUUUUUAUUUAGCUUUUACAUGCAUCUGCUAGUUCGGUGCUUCUCUAUAUACGCCAUAGACUAGUGUUUUACCAUUCCCAUACAGCACUAUGUAUUUUCCGUACUGUCUGUGAUUAGAAGUCACACUGAACUGGAGAACUGCACCCUUUACUGUAAACAAAUAAACAAACCGACAAAAGUGUUCUUUUAAUGUUUUAGUUCGUUCUCUCAUACUGUUUAUGCUGAUGGCUUGGCUUAAGAUUUUUGACUCCUUAAUAAGGUCACUGUUGAUCAGUGUUAUGAGUGGCUUGGCAGCUCUUUGUGAAAGCAUAUUAGGUUGGAAAGAUGUUCACUGGAAUCUUUCAAAUUAACUAUUUAAUCAGUAUAUGGUACCAUUUUUAAAAAGUGGUUGUACCUGAACUUAUUGUGGAGGUAACAUACAUUGUAAUGACAGAGAGUUAGAGAGAGAAUUUCAAAACAGUUUUUCUUUGUAUUUUGGUUUGAGAAAAACCCAGCGCAUGUAUACCCUCUGAGAUGCAAUAAAACACCUUGAUCAAAGUAAAUCA